AACCAAGUCUGCCUUUUCAUUCAUUCAUUCAGUCGUUCUGUAAUAAAACCCUAAUAAUAAAAACCAGCUAUCCUCAUAAGGAUGAAUAAUAAUAAUAAUACUAAAAUAAGAUUCAAUUACGAUAACGAAGAUGAAAUAAUUGAAGAAGAAGAAAUGGUUACUUCACCACCGCCACCACCACAUGGUGGUGAAAGCUCAUCUAACCUCAUUAUGUCUACCGAAGAUAAUAACACGAGCGCCGAUUAUUACUUCGAUUCUUACUCUCACUUUGGUAUUCAUGAAGAAAUGCUAAAGGAUGUUGUGAGAACUAAGACAUACCAAAACGUUAUUUAUAAGAACACGUUUUUAUUCAAGGACAAGAUUGUUCUUGAUGUUGGUGCUGGGACGGGGAUUCUAUCUCUCUUUUGUGCAAAAGCUGGGGCUAAACAUGUUUAUGCUGUUGAGUGCUCACAAAUGGCUGACAUGGCGAAACAGAUAGUUGAAGCAAAUGGUUAUUCAGAUGUUAUAACUGUUUUGAAAGGAAAGGUUGAAGAACUUGAACUUCCUGUACCCCAAGUCGAUAUUAUAAUUUCAGAAUGGAUGGGAUACUUCUUGCUAUACGAGAACAUGCUAAAUACAGUUUUGUAUGCUCGUGAUAAGUGGUUGGUUAACGAUGGAAUUGUGCUACCGGAUAAUGCUUCUCUCUAUCUGACAGCAAUUGAGGAUGCCGAGUAUAAAGAUGACAAGAUUGAAUUUUGGAACAAUGUGUAUGGCUUUGACAUGAGCUGCAUCAGGAAGCAAUCCAUAAUGGAACCUCUUGUUGACACGGUUGACCAGAAUCAGAUUGUCACAAACUGUCAGUUACUUAAGACUAUGGACAUCUCAAAGAUGACAUCUGGGGAUGCUUCCUUUACAGCACCCUUCAAGCUUGUGGCCGAGCGUGAUGAUUACAUUCAUGCUCUAGUUGCAUACUUUGAUGUAGCAUUUACCGUGUGUCACAAAAUGACAGGGUUUUCCACAGGUCCAAAGUCCAGGAAUACACACUGGAAGCAGACAGUGCUAUAUUUGGAAGAUGUGCUGACUAUACGUGAAGGUGAAUCCAUAGUUGGAAGCAUGACUGUGGCACAGAACACGAAGAAUCCGAGAGAUGUGGACAUCACCCUUAAGUACUCAUUAAAUGGUCAACGUUGCGUUAUCUCAAGGACCCAACAAUACAAAAUGCGUUAAUUUGCAUCAAGUGUCUCAAACACAGUCGAAGAAGGUGUUGUGUGGCGGGUCAAGUUCUUGUACGAUUGAAAUUCUUUUCUCCAAAGAUUAUAUGUAUUGAAUUUUGUAACAUGUAUUAAUUUUUUCUUAUUUUCUCUUGAAAACUGUGUUCUUAUCUAAAUGUUUGUAUCUGAGCAAAAUUUUUCUCCUUGCA